GCCGCCCCAUUCCGGUCCCCGCCACCACCCCACCCCGAAACCCUAGCCUACACCACGCACGGGGCGCCGAUGGGGCGCAAGAAGAAUGUCGUCAUCGACGACGACCAGUACUCCAUCCCGCAGGACGACGACGCGACGGCCGCCGCGGAGAAGGCGAAGCCGGCCAAGAAGGGCGGCAAGAAGGGCAAGAAGGGCGGCAAGUCCGCCGCGCACGACGACGACGACGACUACGAGCCCGCCGCUCCCCCGCCGCCGGUAGCCGAUGAGGACGGGGACGAGCCGAUCAACCUCGUCUUCACCGGCAAGAAGAAGAAGAAGAAGGGCGGCGCCGGCGGCGGGAUGAGCGCCUUCGACGCCCUCGCGGCCGCGGAGGACGAGGACGGCGAGGACGAGGCCCCCGCCGCCUCCUCCACUGCCGCCAGCACCGCCGAGCUGGAGGCCGAUAGGUCCGAUCUCGGGGACGACGACCUCGAUUUCGACUUCAGCAAGGCCAAGAAGAAGAAGAAGAAGGGCAAGGGGGCUCGCCCGUCCACCCCCGACGAGGACGACGACGACUACGAGCCCGCCCCUCCUCCUCCCGAGGAGGACGAGGAGGAGCUGGCCGUGCCGGCGGCCAAGAAGCCGCAAAAGAAGAAGAAAAAGAAGGGCGGGUUCACUGUGGACGACGAGGACAUCGACAAGCUCCUGGCUGAGAUGGAGGAUCCUCCACAGCCAGCAACACAGGAGGCCGAGCCUGAGGAGGCUAAGGGUGUGGAAUCUGUGGCUGCCCCUGAUGCGGAUGAUGCCGGUGGAAAGAAGUCGAAGAAGAAGAAAAAGAAGGGAGGAUUUACUGUGGACGAUGAGGACAUUGACAAGCUCCUCGCAGAGAUAGAGGACCAGCCUGCUCCCGCCGAGGAGCCUGAGCCCAAGGCAGCGCAGGAGGAAGUUACUGUGGCUGCUGCCGCCAGGGUGGUGGAUGAUGCUGAAGGGAAGAAAUCGAAGAAGAAAAAGAAGAAGAGCGGGAGGACAGCACAGGAGGAGGAGGAUUUAGAUAAGCUUCUUGCUGAGCUUGGUGAAGGCCCUCCUGCACCAGAGAAGGAGAAACCAUCCCAGGCGCCACCUUCCGCUCCAGCAGUGAAGGAGGAUGAGGAGGAUGGCAAUGCAGAGCAGAAGGCUGGGGAAGGAGAGGUGGAGUCCGCUGCAGCCAAGAAGAAAAAGAAGAAGAAGGAAAAGGAGAAGGAGAAGAAGGCAGCAGCAAAGGGGGAGAGGUUAAAGGAGGAGGAAAAGGAAGUGGAGGUUCCUAAAGGGAAGGUUGACAUGAAGAAGCUCCCAAAGCACGUCCGGGAGAUGCAGGAGGCACUUGCGAAGAGGCAGGAAGCGGAGGAGCGGAAAAAGAAAGAGGAGGAGGAACGUCUGAGGAAAGAGGAGGAGGAGCGUCUGAGGAAAGAGGAGGAGGAGAGGAAGGCGGAGGAAGCAAAGAAGAGGAAGAAGGAGAGGGAGAAGGAGAAGCUGCUCAAGAAGAAGCUGGAGGGUAAGCUCUUGACAGGGAAGCAGAAGGAGGAAGCCAAGAGGUUAGAAGCCAUGAGGAGACAAUUUCUUGAGCAGAGUGAAGUUCAAGUAGCUGAUGGUGCUGCCCCUGAGAUAAAGAAGAAGCCUAAGUAUGAAAGCAAGAAGAAGAAAACUCAAACAAAGGCUUCUGAGUCUCUCAAGGUAGCUGAAGAACAACAGCCAGAGGUAAAUGAAGCCAACAUUGACGAAGAAGAGUAUGUCAUGGUGGAUCAGGAAUCUCAGUCUCAGGUCGAGGAAUCUGAGACGAAAACAGAACCUGAUCAAGAGGCUGAAGAGUCGAAACAAGAAGAGGAGGAAGAUGAAGAUGACUGGGAUGCAAAGAGCUGGGAUGAUAUCGAUGUGAAUUUGCCAAAGACAAAUGCUUUUGAGGAGGAAGAGGAGAAGGAGGAGAAGCCCGUUACAGUGCCUACAGUUCCUGCUGUAAAAAAUGUUGCUCCGCCUGUUAAUAAAAACUCCAAAAAGAGUGAAAAUGAAGAUGCUGGUCCCAGUAAUGGAGUUACUACUAAAAGGAAUAAAGGGAAGAAAGGAUCUUCUUCUAAAGACGAUGACACUAAAAAUGAUAGCAACCUUCGUUCACCAAUCUGUUGCAUCCUUGGUCAUGUCGAUACUGGAAAGACAAAGCUACUAGAUUGUAUCAGACGAACUAAUGUACAAGAAGGAGAAGCUGGAGGUAUUACUCAACAGAUUGGGGCUACAUACUUCCCAACUGAAAACAUUAGGGAGAGAACAAGGGAAUUGAAGGCCGAUGCUACACUUAAGGUUCCAGGCCUGCUUGUUAUUGAUACUCCAGGCCACGAGUCCUUCAGUAAUCUGCGUUCUAGAGGUUCAAGUUUAUGCGACAUUGCUAUUUUGGUUGUUGACAUUAUGCAUGGGCUCGAACCUCAGACAAUUGAAUCCCUGAACCUUUUGAAAGAUCGAGAAGCAGUAUUUAUUGUUGCUUUGAACAAGGUUGAUCGUCUCUAUGGCUGGAAGCCUUGUCCUAAUGCUCCUAUCGGGAAGGCUUUACGACAACAAAAUGAAGAUGUCAAGAUGGAGUUCAAUACGAGGCUCACUGAUAUUGUGACACAAUUCAAGAUGCAAGGUGUGAAUACUGCUUUGUACUACAAGAACAAGGAGAUGGAAGAUACGUUUAACAUCGUGCCUACAAGUGCAUUAAGUGGUGAAGGCAUUCCUGAUCUGCUUCUACUAUUGGUUCAAUGGGCACAAAAGACAAUGGAAGAAAAGCUUACUUUUGUUGAUGAAGUCCAGUGUACUGUGCUGGAAGUCAAGGUCAUCGAAGGUCAUGGCACUACAGUUGAUGUUGUGCUGGUUAACGGUAUGCUCCAUGAAGGAGAUCAAAUAGUCGUGUGUGGUAUGCAGGGGCCCAUUGUGACAACCAUCAGAGCUUUGUUAACACCACACCCGAUGAAGGAGCUUCGAGUUAAGGGCACCUACCUUCACCAUAAGAAGAUCAGAGCCGCACAAGGAAUUAAAAUAUCAGCACAGGGUCUUGAACAUGCAAUUGCGGGGACUGCUCUGUAUGCGGUACGACCCGAUGAGGAUAUAGAGGACCUGAAAGAUGCUGUAAUGGAAGAGAUGGCAAGGGUUAGGAACCGGAUUGAUAAAAGUGGUGAGGGUGUAUAUGUGCAAGCAUCAACGCUGGGGUCAUUGGAAGCUCUCACUGAGUUCUUGAAGAGCCCUGCUGUGAAUAUCCCCUUCUGUGAUUUCAGCAUAGGGCCAGUCCACAAGAAAGAUGUUAUGAAGGCCAGUGUUAUGCUUGAGAGGAAGAAAGAAUACGCAACUAUCUUGGCGUUUGAUGUCAAAGUGAUGCCCGAUGCCCGUGAUCUUGCAGAAGAGUCGGGUGUGAAGAUCUUCGUGGCAGAUAUUAUAUACCACCUUUUUGACCAGUUUACAGCAUACAUUAAGAAUGUAAAGGAAGAGAAGAAGAAGGAAAGCGCCGAAGAAGCUGUUUUCCCCUGUGUUCUCAAGAUUAUGCCAAACUGUGUCUUCAACAAGAAGGAUCCAAUCGUUUUGGGUGUUGAUAUUCUUGAAGGAAUAGCUAAGAUCGGGACGCCUAUUUGCAUACCCUCGAAAGAAUUUAUUGACAUUGGGAAGAUUGCCUCUAUUGAAAUUAAUCACAAGCAAGUUGAUACAGCCACAAAAGGGCAAAAGGUGGCUAUAAAGAUUAUCGGGACCAAUUCUGAUGAGCAGCAGAAGAGUUUCGGCAGGCACUUUGAAAUGGAAGAUGAGCUUGUCAGCCACAUCACAAGGCGAUCUAUCGAUCUUCUCAAAGCAAACUACAGGGAUGAGUUGUCACUGGAUGACUGGAAGCUUGUUGCGAAGCUGAAGAAGAUAUUGAACAUACCAUGAGACCAACCAGGCCCGUGGUCUGGUCCUGUCAGCGAGAGCCCCUGAUC